AUGGCUCGUUUCGGAGAGGAGGUGGCGGCCCGUUACGGGCCCGGCGGCGGCGGGAGCGGCCCCGGGGCGGCGGCGGGGGGCCGGGGCGCGGGAGGGGGUCCUCGGCAGGGCCCCCCCGGGGCGCAGCGCCUCUACAAACAGUCCAUGGCCCAGCGCGCCCGCACCAUGGCCCUGUACAACCCCAUCCCGGUGCGGCAGAACUGCCUCACCGUCAACCGCUCGCUCUUCCUCUUCAGCGAGGACAACGUGGUGAGGAAAUACGCCAAAAAGAUCACCGAAUGGCCUCCUUUUGAAUACAUGAUUUUAGCCACCAUCAUCGCCAACUGCAUCGUCCUGGCGCUCGAGCAGCACCUGCCCGACGAGGACAAGACCCCCAUGUCGGAGCGGCUG